AUGCCUCGUAUCAGCAAAAAUCUGCCGUUGGCAGCACUUCUGGCAGCUGGUGCUAAUGCCCAGAUGAGCACAAGCUCUGUCGUCCUCAACCCAUCCGACACGGCGGUCACCACAGUGACCUUCUCGACCUGCCCUUCCUCCACGGCCAGCAUUACGACCAUCACCAAUCCCCACACUUCGACCUACACUGGUGCUCCACGACCUGGCUCUGAUGGUGAUGUCACCACCUAUGUUACUGUUUGCCCUGGUUUCUGUACUGGUGGACCAUCUUGCACUGGAGGUCUAGGACCGACCACACACACAAUCACUGCCACCUGCCCAUGCCAUGAGGUUGCACCUGGGGGUGUUGGACCGGGCAUGAUGACUACUGUUGCUGUCUGCGAGACAUGCGGUAUGGGAGGCACUCCGGUGACUGCCACACUCCACACUCCGAUCCCAGCGGCUACUGGUGAUACUACACCACCCGGCACUGGCAGCGGUGGCUCUUCCGCACCAGGUGCCGGUACUCCUGGCUCUGCUGGCCCCGACUCUCCUGCUGCCCCGGGCGGGUCUCCUGCUGGCGCUAGUACUCCUGGCGCUUCAGCUGCCCCAGGUACCGGCUCAGGAUCGUCUACACCUGGUUCUGGUGCCGCUCCAGGUGGAUCGGGUGCCGGCGCUGCCCCAGGUGGAUCUGCCGCUGGCGCCGGGACUCCAGGUUCUUCGAUGCCUGGCAUGGGCUCUGGUGCAGGCUCUGCUUCACCUUCAGGGGCUGCUGGUGGCUCCAAGUACCCCAGCAACACAACCUCGCCGUCCAUGUCGAAAGGUGCCGGUAGUGGCAGUGACAACCGCGUUGGAUCAUCUGCCAGUCCCACACCGUUCCCUGGUGCCGCUUCGAGACUACCCGUCGCUGCUGGUCUCCUUUCUACUGUUGCCGGACUCUGUGGUAUCUUGGCUUUUGUUCUGUGA